AUGUCAGCAACAACAGCACCAAACUCGUUAGUCAUGAACCCAACAUCUAUGUUAGUAGAGAUGAAAAGCUUCAUUCCUUCUUCAUAUACUUUCGAAACAGAAAUCCAGAAGAUAAAGCAAGAACUUCUCCAAGGAGAUUUAGACUGUAGUGCGAAAGAUGAAACAAAUGAACAGUAUCUUUAUGAAAUGCAGGAUAUUAUUGACCAUCUACCUAAAAUUCCUGAAAUACAACAACAAAAGCUUACUAUUCCAGAAUUCGAUGAAAUAGAAGUGAAACCAACUGACUCAGUAGAAACCAAGAAGUUCAUACGAAAGAUAAACUAUGAGUUUCUUGGAUUUCAUUGCAACCACAAAGACUGCGAUAUGGUAUAUUUCAUUGACAUAUAUAAAUCUGGGGAGUUUAA